CUGCACCGGUCGCACCCGCACAAGGCUCACGAGCAUCGACCAGAGCGACGGACAAGGGAGUGGUGGUAAGAAUAUGGUGCGCGGUCGCCACUCCGAUGACGCCCGCCCCGACAAUCACCACAUCAUACUCCACAACAGAUGCACUCGUCGCGAAUCUCCUCGCCCUUCUCUCUGACCAGCACUUGCGCAGCUUCACCUCUCGAUCCGACCCAAAAAACGCCCUCCGCCAUUGGCCUUGGGCUGAAACCCCAACCCCAGCCCCUGGCCGCAGACAUGCGCUGCCCACCCCAGACGUCAACAAACACUCCAUGGCAGCACUGCUCCGCGCUCCGAUCCGACGCUUUUUGAUGGCCGAGACUCACAAUUAAGAAAACUUGCACAUGCCAACGAAAAAUAUCGAUCGACGAGUCCCGUACUGAGAAAGGCUCAUAUCGCUGUCAUGGUCCGGGACCUUGCGCACUUUUUUAAUGAAACUAUUUUAAUCUCUUACCAAAACAGGAUUACUUGCAGAUUAGGCAGGGCUGGGGAGGGGAAGGGCGGAGGUGCGGAAGCCGGAGAAAGUCUCAAGUACAAACAAAGUUUGCGGAUCGACUUCCGGUGAGUUUUUGCUCGGAGAGAGGGCGAGGCGCUGACUUGGCAUGAGCGAGGCAUGUAUUGGGCGGUGCUGCCUGCUGCUGUCGAGAGGCUGCAGCGUCCGAGGUUUGGGCUCAUCGAUCGACAGGGCCAUCGUCUGCGCUCGGGGCGAGCGAUUGCGGGAGCGCAGUGGUGACUGAAAUUGCAUGAAUAUGCUAUUUGCUCUCUGUGGCUUCAAUGUCAUCGGAAUUGACCGACGACCAGCAAUAAUUGCUGGCGCUCGUAGUCUCGUAAACAGUGACUGAGGACGACGCAGGAGGGCAGAUGAUUGUGGCCCGAAUGAGCGAUUUAGUGGUGAUUUGAGCGUUUGCUGAAGCCAGUGGCUAUUGUGAUUCCUGAAUACGUGAUAAGCUUCAAAAGUAGCUUCUCCGGCUGCAGGAAUUCACCAAUUAGACAGCGAUCUCUGGAAAAAUCUCGCUGUGUUGUCCUAGAGCGCCUCUCGACUCGGAUUGAGUGAUCAGUUCUACGUGCAGGAGUGACCUGCGGACAUCUUGCGAUCGCCAAGCUUUAGUCAUGGCUCUCUGUGCUCAAACUCGGCCGAUUCGGCUCAACAUUGAGCAGAGAUCGUUAUCUCACCAUGGAGUUUGUGGAAUCAUGGGUAGAACUCAGAUACGACAGAUGCCACGAGAGGCAAGAUUAUCGACACUGGGCUUUGCGCCUUCAAGGAUACUAUGCAAUGAACUCGGUCUGAAUAACAACCUUUUGGAGAAGAACAGGAAAUUAAAUGGGGUGACAAAGUGCAGCAGUGAAAAUGUUGGAGAACCAAAUUUCGCAGCCGACUCGUCUUCUGAGAAAAAAGCGACGACAUUGGUGGAGGCUCUGAAGAACGGGCUGCUAAAUGCAAAUGCUUACUUUCCAUAUGCCAUUGUUGCAAGCACAGCAUUGGCUUUUGCUUAUCCACCUUCUUUUACGUGGUUUACCACAAAGUACUAUGCUCCAGCGUUGGGAUUCUUGAUGUUUGCUGUUGGGGUCAAUCUGAGCAUAGACAGCUUCCGCAAGGCCCUCGACCGGCCAGGAGUCAUAGCUCUGGGAUAUGCCGGCCAGUUUGUUUGCAAGCCUCUUCUGGGUUUACUAGUUGCUUUCCUCUCCGUUCAAGUCCUCCACCUUCCGAAAGCUGUUGGGUCUGGGUUGGUGCUGGUAGCAUGUGUAAGCGGUGCUCAGUUGGCGAACUAUGCAACGUUUCUCGUCGAGCCCAGCAUGGCUCCACUUAGCAUUGUGAUGACGGCUCUCUCUACCAUAUCCGCCGUGGUAGUCACUCCUGCACUUUCCCUUCUGCUUCUGGGAAAGAGGUUGCCUGUGGAUGUCCCAGCCAUGAUGGCCAGCAUCACGCAAAUUGUGUUGGUGCCUAUCGCAGGUGGCCUUAUCAUCAACAAAUUUCUGCCAGCCGUAUCGAGAGCAAUUCGACCAACUCUACCCCUCUCGUCAGUGCUGGUGACAUGCGCAUGCAUAGGAGCUCCCAUGUCUCAUAAUAUUGUUGUACUCCGCUCACAAUUUGGUCUUAUGGUCCUUCUACCAGUGUUUGCCUUUCAUUUCCUGGCGUUCAUAGCAGGGUAUAAGGCUACGGAGGUGGUCUUUCCUUCAGAACCAGAUCUAGAUGGACUGGCCAAAACAAUAUGUUUUACAACAGGAAUGCAAAGUGGUUUAUUAGGACUUGCGUUGGCAAACAGAUUUUUCGAAGAUCCUAUUGUGGGCAUCCCUUCAGCAAUCUCGACGGUGUUGAUGUCUCUCAUGGGGUUUGGCCUCACGAUCGUGUGGCGUCGACCAAAAUCGGCAGUCUGAUGUAGCGCCUUUCGCUUGUCACUCCGAUUUUUUAACUGUGAAGCGGAGCUAGACAAGGAGCGCAUUGAAAUUAGUUAGCGGUCAAUCUCUUAAGGAAGCUGCUACUAACCGUGUAUGCAUGUACA